AUGAAAGAAGUCUGGGAUCAAUGGGAUGUCGAGACCAAGCAGCUGUUCUAUUGUAACUACGGUGACCUGCCUUAUCUGCUCAGUGUCAAAGUGGACAAGUAUUUAUUUCGGGCCCUUGCUCAGUUUUGGAAUCCUGCCUACAGUUGUUUCACUUUUGGGAAAGUAGAUUUGACACCUACUGUGGAGGAGUAUACGACCUUGCUUCGGUGCCCAAAGAGUCAAGUCGACAAGGCUUAUUCUAGAGCUGCUUGUGUCCCUCCGUUGUUAAAGAAAUUAAUGAACAUCACUGGGAUGAGCGAGCAGUGGGUUGCUACCCGAAUCCAACAGAAAGGCGACAGUAAAUGCGUUCAUUGGAAAAGCUUACGAGAUUUGGUGCUUGUACAUCCUGACGUAAAGAAAAGGGUCGAUGUCUUCGCUUUAGGUACCUACGGAUUAGUGGUCUUCCCCAAAGCUUUAGGACACGUAGACGAGGCUGUAUCUGAUUUGUUUGAUCGGCUUAGUAAAGGGGUUACACCGGUUCCGGCAAUACUGGCUGAAACUUUUAGAUCCUUCAAUACGUGUCGAAAAACAGGUGAGGGAAGGUUUAUUGGAUGCACGCAGCUUUUAUUGGCAUGGUUUCAUAGCCAUUUCUGGAAAGUGGAAAAUGUCUCUUAUCGGGUAUUCUCUGAUAGCUACUCCCCUCUAGAAGAAUUGGUGGCCACGCCAAGACGGGAUGAUAUUUCAGAAGAAAGAUGGAUAGAGAUACUCCAGAAUCUCCAGGAUGAAGAUAUUGAAUGGAGGGCUCCUUGGUUAAUUCCUGAUGAGAUAUUGUACCGAUGUGGAGAUUUCGACUAG